UCACUGGCGGGGCUCGCGCGUGUUCCCAGGGCGGGCUCGCCUCUCGCCCCCGGCAUCUCUGCGGCCGCCCCCGGAGGAAGCGCUUCCUUUACUGCACGGAGGAUGAAUGUCUCUGCAAGGUCAUCUCUGCCUUCGGCUGCGCGGCGGCAUUGAAGCAAAGUAAAUCAGCAGUGAGGCUAAAGGAAGACAUGAAAAAGAUAGCUGCACUGCCACUGAACAAGCAGAGGGACGAUCGCUGUCAGAAGGUGUUCGGUGUGAGUCUCCAGGACCUCCAGCAGCAGGGACUUACCAAGAAUGGUCUCCCAGCAGUGAUGUGGAAUACAGUAGAAUAUCUGACCCAGCACGGGCUGACACAGGAAGGUCUCUUCAGGGUGAAUGGUAACAUGAAAAUGGUGGAUCAGUUGCGUCUGAAAUAUGACCGAGGAGAGGAAGUGGAGCUGGCUAAAGAUGCUGAUGUGUGUUCAGUAGCCAGUUUGCUGAAAUUAUUUCUGAGGGAGCUGCCAGAUGGGGUGAUCACUUCUGCAUUGCAUUCCAGAUUUAUACAGCUUUACCAUGACCCUAGCAAUGAUGCUGAGAAGGAGAACAACUUGAAAGAUCUAAUAAAAGAGCUGCCUGAUGCCAACUACUGCCUGCUGAAGUACCUGUGCCGGUUCUUGACCCGAGUUGCUGAGCAUCACAUGAUGAACAGAAUGAACAUUUUCAAUCUGGCCACCAUUUUUGGACCAAGUUGUUUUCACGUGCCUUCUGGAUUUGAAGGUAUGAAGGAACAGGAAAUCUGCAACAAAAUAAUGGCCAAAAUGCUGGAAAACUAUAAUACCUUGUUUGAGCUGGAGCACACAAAGAAGGAUGAUGAAAAUCAUGCAUGUGAAGAGCUAGCAAGAAUUAUUUUAGUGAAAGCCAGUUGUGAGCAGUCCCUGCCUAUCAAUCUGACAAGAGCUUUAGAAAGAGAGGCACCGAAGUCAACGCUACGAAGCAAGAUCACAAAGUCCACGAGGGAAAGAUCUGUACAGGAACGCCUCUUGCCACAACCAGAGUUGUCGGAUGGAAUUCCUCAAGUCAGCCUCCGAUUAACUGACAGUAGUGCAUGUUUGGAGGAAAUGGAUUUACCAGAUGAAAUCUCUUUCAUUAACAGUGCUGCAUUCUUCUCCAGUUCCCAAGAAGAUGAGCGGCCCAUGUCUCCCUUCUAUUUGAGUGCCCAUGUAUCCCAAGUGAGCAGUAACAUUCCUACGACUGGAGAAUACUUAGAGAAGACGAUCCGCUCAGCAGUGGAACAGCAUCUCUUUGAUGCUCAUGGCUCAGGUGGGCAGAGUUCAGAGGACUCCGAAUCAGGAACAUCGUCAGCCUCUUCAAAUGUGUCCACCAGGCAGAGGAGGCGGCAUCACAAAGAACAGGAUGAAGGCCGACGAAAUAGAGACGUAGAGGUCAUCAACAAAGAAAACAUUCCUUCUGGAUUCGGAAACCUUGAAGAUUGUAUUCUGACUCCUCAGGAAGUAGAAAAAUUACAAGAAAACAACUCCGGGUAUAUUGGAGAAAGGAAUAAACCAAAACGGCAGAAAUCCAGCACUAAACUUUCUGAGCUUAACGAUAACCAGGAUAGCCUUGUGAGUAUGGAAAGCUUUAGCUCCUCAAGGCCGAUAGCCAGAGCAGGACCUGAUGACAUGGAGGUUUUGUCUGACGAAAGCAAAGAAAAUGAAAAUGACGAUGUGUUUUUCAGGCACUCACAGCAGAUUUCGAACAUGAAGAUUCAGGAGCACCCGAGCAUUCCCGAAACCAAAUUACAGAGGAAACAAGAUGCUGAUGAUCAGGAAGAUAGCUUCGUCUCCGAAGUGCCUCGGCUGGACUUGACAGCCUUGUGCGAUGACAACAGCUGGGAAGAGCCCGUCCCAGCUUUGUCCUCCAGGGAACGAGAUGGCUUAGACUCCGACGAAGCUCACCUGUCCCCACAGGCCGGAUGUCUAAUUCGGCAGCUUCUGGAUGAGGACAGCGAUCCAAUGCUGUCCCCUCGUUUCUAUGCCUAUGGGCAAAGCCAGCAGUACCUGGACGAUACAGAAGUGCCUCCCUCCCCUCCUGACUCCCAUUCAUUCAUGAGGAGACGGAGUUCUUCUUUAGGAUCUUGUGAAGAUGACCGAGAGGAUCUGACACCUGCACAGCUGACCCGGAGGAUUCAGGGGCUUAAGAAGAAGAUCAGGAAGUUUGAGGACAGAUUUGAGGAGGAGAGGAAAUACAGACCUUCCCACAGUGACAAAGCAGCCAACCCAGAGGUGCUGAAAUGGACAAAUGAACUGGCAAAAUUUCGGAAGCAGCUUAAAGAGUCAAAAUUAAAGAUAUCGGAAGAGGAUCUGGCUCCUGUGAUGCGCCAGCGGAGCAACACACUCCCCAAGAGCUUCGGGUCACAGCUUGAGAAGGAAGAUGACAAGAAGCAAGAUCUGUCCGAUAAAGCUGCAAAACCUGCGGUGGAGGUGACCUUAGACUCCAUCCAGAAGAAGCUGCAAGAAAAACGAGCAGAGGCGAACCGGCCGGAGGACAUUAAGGACAUGACUAGAGAUGAGAUAGCAGCUGAAAAAGUGGCUCUUCAGAAAGCACUCUUGUAUUAUGAAAGCAUUCAUGGAAGACCGGUAACAAAAAAUGAGCGCCAGGUGAUGAAGCCCUUGUAUGACAGGUACCGCUUGGUCAAACAGAUCCUCUCCAGGGCCAACACCAUCCCUGUUAUUGGUUCCCCCUCCAGCAAGCGGAGAAGCCCUUUGCUGCAGCCAAUUAUCGAGGGUGAAACAGCUUCCUUCUUCAAGGAGAUAAAGGAGGAAGAGGAGGGUUCCGACGAGGACAGCACCGUGAAACCAGAUUUCACAGUCAUCCUGAAACCAGAUCUCAGCGUGCGGAGUUUCCUGGAUCAACUAGAAGAUGAGGCUGAUGGCUUCAUUUCUCCAGUGGAUGAUAAGAUGCCUUCAAAGAGCAGCCAGGACAUGGGGCUUUCUACCCUCCAUGCUGCUUCUAUGCCAGAACUCUUAGAGCAGCUCCAAGAAGUCAGGGAAGAGAAAAAACGGAUCAGAAAAAAAUUGAGAGAAUUUGAAGAUAAUUUUUUCCGACAAAAUGGAAGAAAUGUCCAGAAAGAAGAUCGUACUCCCAUGGCUGAAGAAUACAAUGAAUACAAGCAGAUUAAGGCAAAGCUGAGGUUGCUGGAGGUGCUGAUCAGUAAAAGAGAUAUUAGUUCCAAGAGUAUGUAAUGAAGCUGAUCGACUUCGCAGAGAGGCUAAGAAGAGAUCAAGACAACCAGAUGAAUGCAUGAAGGGUGCAGCAAGAGCCCGACAAUGAGGGGCUUAGCAGCUCCCCAAGAACUGAAAGGCCAUUUUUAGAGGUGGGAGGUGGAGGAAGGGUGGCUUACAUCACUCUCUGCACUUGCUGUAGUCCAUUGUGCCACCAGGCCAGUCACCUAGACUGGGGUUGCCAGCAAGAGAGAGGUGAUGCUACGCUCAGAGACUGCGCCGAAAGGGUCCUUAGCUUUGAUUCGCUUACCAAUUCUGUCAUGUUUAGAAUAUCAGAGUCAGAUUACGUUUUUCCAGAGAAUCAUACUGAGAAGCUGACUGCUCUGAAUAGUGAUGAAUUGUCCAAAAACGUCCUCUUCUUUCCCAACCGAGUGCCCAGUCCAAUGGAACGUGACACACGGUUCCUGCUGUCGGGAAGUCCUGAGGCUGUUCUCUCUUAGCUACAGUGACAGUGAGCUCAGGCUCUCAUCUUGCCUGUAGGUUUGGUGUUUGGGAAUUUGGCCUUUUCAGUUACCCCAUUGAGUGCUGGAGAAUUGCUAUUAAUCAACGUCCUGCCUACGGCGUUGGACUUCAGUGUGACUUUUCCUAGUGUUUGAUUUUCUUACACCUGUUUUCUAGCUGUCACUUCUGCUUAGGUAGCUGGUAGCCGCCUCUGAUCAGAAAAGCACUGUCAAAGGAAAUUCAGCAAUACGCUUAGUUGCCGGGUCGUCUUAGCUGGCAUUUUGAAUUGCGACACUGGGACUGCGAUUGGGCAUUUGGAUCAGAGUGGAGGUUCUGAUGGCAGCAGUCAGAAUCCUAUUGGAUUUUAAUAGCUGAGAUGUUCUAUUGAAAUAACGCGCUGCUCUGUCACUACAGCUCUCCCAGUUCAGGUAUCUGGUAAGCAGACUGAAGAUCUGUCCACAUCAGCAUAGACAGACCACCAAUCUUUCAGUGUCUAAUAUUGACAUUAAAGACUGAGCUGGACAGUCCAUACACAUAUAGUGCACACACCCUAAACUUUGUUCUUUUGUGCACCUAAACGGUAAGACCACAUGGAUUGUAGCACCACGUGUGAAUGGCAGAGAUGGGGAUACAGAACACAGUGAACUCAUGGUCUUUUCUUUCUGAUGAUAAGUGCAAAUAUAAACACUUUGGAGGAGAGGGGAUGCUUCAGGAAAUGGGAAACUUUGAGCCAGAUUCUGCCCUUGGAAGUGUGUAAGUCUGAGGUCAAAAGUUGGAACUUAACACACUCAAAUCAACAUGAACAAUUUUCAGAAAGGAAAACUUUGUUGUGAAUGAAUUAUAGACAGGUAUUUUAGACGCUCAUGUUAGACGUUUGCUAUUUUGAAGGGAAAUGAGCUAAAAAAAGUGGAAGGCUCUUAUUUCUGUCGUGCUGAGCCAUCGGGCUCCAUUAUUUCCUUGCGUCACCCUCAAGAGCUUCAAUGUGCAGCUUCACACAGCCCAGGGAGAGCCCCCUACUUGGAACUAAGGCAGUGGAUAUUGAGUGCAGGGAUUGCAAUUGUACUUGGCCCUUGUGUAGGUCAGACGAGGGGGUGGGAAGCCUGCCUGUGCCCUACCCCAUGCUUACAUACCAGGACAGUCUGGCUCCAAGAUACGUGGCAGUUCAUGCUCCCUAAGUGCAUUUCCCCCAUGUUGCUAUGUUAUGUUGAUUCUUGCCACAAUAGAUACAGAAUAUCUACAGCAUGUUUCAAUAGCUUCUGUAUCUCAAAACUUACAAAAAAGAAAUGUGUCUCUCUCUUCCCCAUCCAUGAACCCUGGCAAGGUUCUCUAGAACUGUCAGGCAUCAGACAGUGCCCGUGAGAAAGUAGUACAUUAAAGAUAAGCCAGCCAGUUGGUAAGAGGUAGUAUAAGUUGAGUCUUUUCUUUUGCUAGUCACCAAAUUCAUUGACCUUUUCCAGAUGGUUCUUCAUCGAUCACAGAAUUAUCCCCUCCACCUAGAAGAAAUAACAGAAGUAGGAGAGACUGAAACCUAUAUUUAAAAAGGUAGCCUUUGUUUUUGGGUGCGCAGCCUAGGGCCUGAUUUUCAAAGGUGUUGAGCACCCACAGCUUCCAUUGACCUGGGAGUUGUAGGCACUCAGCACCUCUGAGAACCAGACCCCAGAGGUGUCUGUACCUGGGCACACACAUGCAGAGGCUACUUUUGAAAAUGUGGGCUGGAUUGGCUGACUGCAGUCCUCUUUCCCUUCUGCAUGCAGGAUGUCUGAGUAUUCCAGCAAAUAAUAGUGGUGCCGUUGUCCUCCAAACCAGCUUUAUGCCAGUUGAAAGGGUGCAUGGGAGGAUUGGGUAUUUUGGGCAUAACUGUUUAAUAUGACAGUGAUGUUUAGUUGCAGAAAUGGUAGGACAAAAAUGGCUGCUGGAUUCCUCAGAAGUCAGUAUUGCUGGUUGCCUUUUGUACGGGUAGGCCCCAGUUAAGUGAAGCACUGAAACCCAUGCUUCACUUUAGCCAUGUGUCAAGUCCUAUUGAAAUAAACGCAUGCUCAAAGUCAAGCCUGUGGGUGGUGUUUUUGUAAGUAGAGAUGGACUUAAGCACAAACGUAAAUACUUUGCUGAAUCAGGGCCUUAUCUCCUCAAUACCUAAAUUACAGUGGCUGUGAUUACCUAGCCAUCAGUGUCCAUAGCCUUCAUGCAAAACUCCAGAAGUCACAAAGACUACAUUUUGUUGUUAAAAGCCUGCUUGACCUGUCUACUGAUAAUUACAGUAACUGUUUUUGUUGCCCUGACAAUUCUUGACCAACAGUAUAUAGCAAAAUAUUUUGUUUUUAAAUCAAUAAGACUGUAGGGUUUUCUGACUGCCUAGCUGCUGCUGUUUUCAUGGCACAUUGCUAUGAUUUCAAGUAUUUUAUAUAAAUUAUAAGUAUAAUGAUGCACUUUAGAGAGAUUAUAUUUUUAAAGUUUGAAAGCUAAUAACAAAACCUAUAUAGCCAAAAUUGUACUCUAAAAAUCCUUGUCUAGCUCUCUGUUGUUAAAAAGCUGUUCUUUAAACAAAAACAUAAAAUGAAUAGCACCAGUUGAGCUUAAUUCCAUGAAGUCUCUGUAUCUCAGCAAACUGAUCAAGUUUGGUAGAAUUUACUGCAAUUCACAAAAUAGCUAUUCAGGUACUGAUCAAUCCCUGCCACCUCCAAAAAAUAGUCAUGCAAAAAUCAAAUCAUUGCUGUAAUUUUUUUCAUUUCAGUUUUCCUUUGUUAUUUCACUUACUUUAGGCCCUUGAGUGUAUAACCCAAUUUAUGUUGCUGUUUACAUGAGAACGUUUGAAUGCAAGUGAGAGUGCUUUUUAUAGGGGGGAAGUGCUGUACAAGUAUCUGCUUCAAAUAAAAUGAGUUAAGCUGUUGGAAUAAGACAAAAUAUACUUCCAUGGCAAUAGAACUUGUAGUGUGUUCUCUGGUGGCAUUAUGGCCUGUUUGGUAACUGGCUUCGCAUGGCUUAGAAUGAUACAGGCACGUGUCUUUUUUGUUUUUUCAGGAAUGCGUGGUUGUGUAUUACCGAAUGUUAACAUCAUAAAUGACUGAGGUUUAUUUAAUGAUGAUGAUGAUAAACAGGGUAUAAAUAUAAUGAUAAAACUAAAAGAGUUAAAGAUGGCAAAAGCUUGUAAUUUUCACAGGUAGCAUUUGCUUUUAUUCUGUUUACUUUGGAGUAAACACUCAAUUAAUAGAUGUUUAUAUUAAAUAUGGUGUAAUUAAAGCAUCUUUUCUCUUGAUUAUUCUGUUAGGAUUCAGUUUUUAUUACAUGUAUGUGCAAAAAUUCGUAAGUGCCAUCAAGUCAUGGUAAAAGCCCUUGUGCCUGAGAGGGAAAAGCAUAGAUUAGUGACAUCUCAACAAGACUUCCAUUUAGGGGGAUGUUUGCAAUAUGGUAAUUCUGACACACUGGAAACAGAACAGAAAUAGAAGCUUGCUUGCUGUCCAGUAGUAUAACGUGGAUAAAUCCAAUGAGAGUAAGAUCUCACAGUUGAUGCCUGGUUCUGUACAGAUCUCAUGUCUAGGUUGUAAUGGAAGUAGUUGGUUAGAAGUCAGAGAGGGCUUUAUUUGCAGCCUUGGUGUAAUAUUGUUUAGGUACGGUGUUUGUUAAAUUUUCAAAGGCUCUUAGUGCAGCAGUUCACAUGCUGCGCACUUGUAGCAUGGAUUUUGUCAAACACUAAUGCUUUGCAGGCAGUAUGCAAAGUUGUACUGUUGACUUAUUCACAUUUUCCGUGCCCCAGGGAACUCACUACGAGGACCCACAGCAACAUCUGGGUUUCUUAUUGAUGUGGGAGAGAAAUUGGGUUAGAGGCCAGUGAUUGCGGGAGAGUGGAGUGUGUGCACCCUUGUUCAUUUUAGAGAGGAAAGUAACUUUGCAAUUCUGGAAUUGGUGCCAUUUGCAGUAGUUAUCUUUAGCUAUGCCUUUGUGCUAGUUUGGGGGAUCACUGCACAUGGUUAACAGCUGCUGCCUGUUUGCAGCUGCUAAUGUUGUUAAUGUCCCUCAUUUUUUGUAUAUUUCAGAAAGUAAGAAGCGCUUUGCUACAGUGGAUACAUUUAAAAAGUGCUGUCUAGUUGUUGAGAGAUUACUGGCUGUAGCAAUAGUCUGUACCUCGGAUCAUUGUUAGAACUGGCAAUAUCUGCAGAACAAGAAGGAACCUUUUAAGUGCAUCGACUGUAUGCCCACUUCCUGCCAAAAUCCUUGCAGUGCAGUUAAAUGUAUAACCUUGACUGGUUCUUCUUGCUUUUCCCCACAGGGAGUCAUUGGGUUAUUGAAAUGCCUGUGCUAUGUUGGGACCUGAUCCUGCUGCCACUAGAGUCCACAGCAACCUACCUGUUGACUCGCACAGGAACAGGCCCUUAGUGUAGUGCCAGUUGGAAAAGGGGUGUGGACUCUGGAGUUACAGAACAUAGUGCAAUAUGUGAGACCUGUCUGACUCUCAACCUCGCCUGCACGGUGACAUACACAUGAGUCUGACAUGCUGGUCCUGAGCAGCCUUAAUCCAACUCUCACCGUUCUGGAAAGUGGUUUCUUUUCUUAUUUGCCUGUAAGUGUCUGCGUGGGGAAGGGAUUUACACAUGGGAAAUGUGAUGACGUUCUAAAUCCUUCCAGUUAACGUGGGCAGUGAGGAGAGCAGAGGAGACAUUUCUGUGAGUGUAUUUUAUGCAAAUACUCAGACAAUCUGCAAGUCUCUUUAUUGGUAGGCAAAGGGGGAGGUACUUAGAGCCUUUUUUUUUUUUUUUUUUUUUUUUAAGUCCUGUUAGUGCAUUUAGGGUGGGUUUCUCAAAGCAGCCUAAGGGAGGUAGGCACCCAGCUCCCUCUGGAAGUCAUCUAACUUCCUUUGGCAGUAUUGAAAGUUCCACCCUUUAUACUCAACUGCACGAUGGAGUUCUAGGAUCCAGGAUUUUAAAGGGACAUGACCAGGCUAAAAAAAAAAAAAAAUUGACCCUUCAAACCCCUAAUAUUGGGGUAAUUUUUUUAAAGUUCAUUUCGACCAGUUUCCAUCUGAAUGUAAACAUGCCUAGGGUAGUGUCUGCAAACAGCAUUGCAGCUGUGUGCUAGUGCGUGCAAACCAGAAUGUGAGACGGAGGGCUGUGUUUGUUAACGUCCCUGCUGAGUGAAAGUAAACACACCGCAUAAUGGGUGAAAAGAUUUGUUGCAAUUUCGCUCCGUCUCAAUCUCUAAUGUAUUAUUAAUAAUCAGCCUAGUUAAAAUAUAUGGAGUGAAAUCCUGACUCCACUGAAGUUAAUGGGAGUUUUGCCAUUGACUGCAGCAGGACGGGGUUUUCACCCACUGUGUUUAACCUGACAGUGUCCCUUUAAAUUUCUCUUUUAGGAAACAGGGAGAAAAACUAUGCAGAACUAACAGUUUAUAUAUUUCUUCUUCCCCCAUCAAAAAGAAUGGAGCUGUAAUUGUCAGUUAGGCCAACCAAAAAUACUUUUACCCUCUGCUGUGAACACUGAUGGAAAAUGCAAGGUAACCCAUAGCAGAUUGAAGUGAAAAUGUAGGGGAAGUAUGCACCGCAUUAUAUUCAUUUUUCCAAAUGUUGCAGACUGUUACAUUUGGAGGGCAAAUCAGAUAGACUGGAACGUGGUUUCGCCAGAAUGACCUCUGACCUCUUUUCUCUCAUACCCUAUUUCUACAUGCUUUUAUUGAAAGGUACUAAAAACAAAAAAGGAUGAGGAAAGGCCGCAUUCUUUUGAGGCAAAUAGAUUUCUGCCCAUGGAAACCAUAAUUUGCAGUGUAUAAUGCCUCUUUAUUUUUGGACAUGAGAUUGGUGAGUCCUCUACCAGUUACCUUAUUAGCUUUAUCCAUGAAGGAACCAUAUGCUGUGCUAGCCUUACACUUUGAUGUAUCGUUGAAGUAUCUUGUUGUCCUUGGCAAAAAGAAUUGUAAAAGUUCUUGGCCUUGUACAUCUAGAGGAUCUGCACGUCCAAGCUAUUCAUGAUGGCAUGCGGGGCAUCAAACUCUGUCCAACCUGUAUAUUAUCUGUUCUGUAUGACACAGGGUAUUUAAUGCUUGCUACAACUUGUAUGUUCAGAGUAUUCGUUGUGCCUACUUGUGCCUCUCUGUAGACAUCUGCAUGCAUUGGUGUAAACCAUCUUCUAUUAUGUGUAUAUGUAUAUACAUAGAGAGGUAUAUAUUUACACAAAUGUGUGUGUGUGUGUGUGUAUACAAUUUGAUUUUGGAGUUCAGAAGCCAGAAGAGAAAUGGCUGGAGAAAUCACUUUUGCAGACUUCAUUCUCUGUAUGAAAGCAACUCCAUAACCGGCUCAUGCAAAUGACAUAUUUAACAAAUAAUGCAAUCGUAGCCAGUGUGGGCCCAGUUCUAUGUUUACAUGAUUUAUGUAAGCAAAAUUAAUUUGAAUCUACAGUGUCUUUUUUAAUGUAAACUGAUUGACAAUGUUAUGUGUACAUUUUUGUACAUGAUUGUAUUUUGUAUGAAACAAAGGAAAUAAAACUAUUUUGACUGCA